AUGUCACCGUCCUCCCCCGAAGAUGGCCCGUCUGAACCAUCUGGUGCCCCCUCGGCCUCCACCACCACCUCCCACGAGCCGUUGGCUUGUGCGACCGCCAUAAACCAGUCUGCGCCAGCCCAGGUGGAGGGCCUGCUUCGAACCGUCGGUAGACAACGAGUUUCGCAGCCGGCUCGUUCUGAUGGCCCCUGGACAGAGGGCUCGUCACCUAUUGCGCCCGGGGGCGAACCCUCCCAACCUGAGAGACCGCCGCGAGAUAGCCCCCGUGGUAGGGAGACCUCUUGGAAGCCGUCGUCGCCAGCUGGAAACCCCUCGGACGGAGACAAUGCCUCGCCCGGCGAGUUAUUGUCACUUGGCCAGUUCGAGAGUUUGCCCCCUUUCGAGAUGAUCGAGGAACUUCAUACCAUUUUCUUUGCGACCCAGCAGCAUUUCCUGCCCAUCAUACACCCGAGCAACUACCUGCGGGCUUUUCACUCCCCGCCCCAUAUGCGCCCACCCUUGUCUCUUCAGUACGCCAUCUGGACCACGGCUUCAAACGGACACCCCAAAUAUGGGUGUUACCACGAUGCCCUCUAUCGUCGCGCUCGCCAGUACUUGGAAUCCGACGAGCUCAAGGGACACGGGGAGCACUUCAUAACCAUCGCCCAUGCUCAGGCUUGGGCGCUGGUCGCGACUGACGAAGCGCGUUGUUUGAUGUUCACCAAGGCAUCCAUGAGCUGUGCCAAAUCGGUUCGGUUGGCCGGCAUGAUGGGGCUUCACCGGCUCGACGACACCCACCCCGACGAUGUGCUUCCCAUGGCUCCCAUGAUCGCCCCGGCCCGAAACUGGGCUGAACUUGAGGAGCGCCGGCGUCUGUUUUGGGGUGGGUUUUGUAUCGACAGCUACGCAAGCAUCAGCGCAGGGUGGCCCACCCUAAUCGAUAUUACCACGCAUUUGCCCGCGUCGGAUGAUGCAUUCCACACCGGCAUCGAGGAAAAGAGCUUCACGCUCCGGGACGCAUUCCGCGGAUCGAGCUAUUCGAUAUUUGCGGGGAACGUGAUUAUCUGCCAUGUCUUCACCCGACUCUUGAAGCAUGCCCACCGACCGCUGCCCGACGAUUGCCCACAAGACCCAGAAUUCGGCCGCUUCUGGAAGCGUCACAGGGAGCUUGACAAUAUGUUGUCCGAUGGCUUCCUGUUCUUGCCCGAGCCUUUUCGCCUUCCACGGAACGUCCACAACCCCACCGCCGUGCAGGCCAACCUGAACUUGCAUGCCGCCGUCAUCUGCCUCCAUAUUGCCGCGCGCGAGAAGGCUGACCAGUUCAAGCUGGCAGGCAUACGACAGGCCAGCCGGACCAGGGCGCUCACGGCCGCACAAGAGAUCAUCGACAUCCUCAGGGCGUCCAAGGAUGUGACGAUGGGCUACAGGGGGCCUUUGAUGGCCCUCUCCCUCUACUUCGCCGCUUCCGUGUACAUCGCACAGGCAAAAGACAACCUAGAGGACUGCAACACGGCCAACCUGGAGUACAUUGUUGAGUGUAUGAACUCCACGGCACGGCACCAUGCCAUUACCCAGGCCUACCUGCGGCAACUCUUGCUCGAUAUCGAACGGAACGGCAUCCCCGUCUCGGUGGACCACAUCCGUAACAAUCAUGCCGACAGAAACUGCAAUCCAGGCGUUCCCCUCAUCGCUCAAAUGCGCCACACCCAAGUGCAGUCACCACUCCCGGGACGCCUUCCCCUAGACGCGCCGGUGGGCACCAUUUUAAAGCCCGACACCGCCUCAUUCAACCCAUGCGCCCCCCCAAAUUUCACUCAGUCGUAUUACGCAUCCGACGACCUCGAAGGCCCCGCCAGCAAGCGGAUGCGAACCUCGGCCGGGCCAGCACAGGUCUCUGCAUCAGCAUGCUCACGAUCUGGUCGGCGCAGGUGUCGACCCUCUCGUGACUCAGCACCUGACCUGUUCGAAUACACCGGCGGUGGCUGGUCGUACACCACCAAGUAUAUGACCAACCCCGCCCCAACACCACUCCCACCCCCUCAUUCCCGCACCUCUCCCCCGGAAGCCAUGGCCGCCGCCGCCACCUUCGGCUUCGACAUCGACGACACCGCCACCACCACCUCCCCCACCGCCACCACUACCACCACCACCACUGCCACCGCCAACCACUCCCAACACGACGUACCCGACCUGGGCGACCUCGGCGAUCUCAACGACCUGGGCAUCUUUGAUCUCGACCAGCCGUGGUCGGUCACCGAGUCGCUGUACGCGCUGCUGGACAUGUCGGCCGUCGGCGACGACCUCGCUGACCCCUCCGCCGCGGGCCCGUCACAGGCCGGUAGCAGCAGCAGCGGUGGCGGCGGCGGCGGCGGCGGCGGUGGUGGUAUGAACCCCUGGUUGAAUAAUGCUGGCGCUGGUGCUGGCGGGGGUAGUAGUUCUGGAGGUGGUGGUGGUGGGGCGUGGGAUACCGGCGGGGAGUGGGGGGCCGGCGGCCGGGGACUGGUUUGA